GGCCCGGAAGGGAGCAGGAUGGCGGCGCUGGACAGUGACAGCGAAGAGGACCUGGUCAGCUAUGGGACGGGCCUGGAGCCUCUGGAAGAAGGUGAAAGACCAAAGAAGCCAAUUCCUCUUCAGGAUCAGACUGUCAGAGAUGAAAAAGGAAGGUAUAAACGAUUUCACGGAGCCUUUAGUGGAGGGUUCUCCGCUGGGUACUUCAAUACUGUUGGCUCUAAAGAAGGAUGGACACCCUCUACUUUUAUAUCUUCACGACAGAAUAGAGCAGACAAAUCUGUUCUUGGUCCUGAAGAUUUUAUGGAUGAAGAGGAUCUUAGUGAAUUUGGGAUAGCACCUAAAGCAAUUGUUACCACAGAUGAUUUUGCUUCAAAAACCAAAGAUAGAAUACGAGAGAAGGCCAGACAAUUGGCAGCAGCUACGGCCCCUAUUCCUGGAGCUACUCUGCUUGAUGACCUCAUAACACCAGCAAAAUUAUCUGUUGGUUUUGAAUUACUAAGAAAAAUGGGUUGGAAGGAAGGACAAGGAGUUGGUCCUCGUGUAAAGAGAAGGCCACGCCGACAAAAACCUGACCCUGGAGUAAAAAUCUACGGCUGUGCAUUACCCCCUGGAAGCUCUGAAGGUUCUGAGGAAGAAGAUGAUGACUACUUGCCUGAUAAUGUGACCUUUGCACCCAAAGACGUCACACCUGUGGAUUUUACACCUAAGGAUAAUGUACACGGACUGGCUUACAAGGGCCUGGAUCCCCACCAAGCACUUUUUGGAACUUCAGGAGAACAUUUGAAUCUUUUCAGUGGAGGAUCUGAGGGGACCAGCAAUCUUCUUGGAGAUAUUGGACUGAAUAAAGGAAGAAAAUUGGGAAUUUCAGGCCAGGCUUUUGGUGUGGGUGCCCUAGAAGAGGAAGAUGAUGAUAUCUACGCCACAGAAACUCUAUCCAAGUAUGACACUGUUUUAAAGGAUGAGGAACCUGGAGAUGGACUUUAUGGCUGGACAGCACCCAAGCAAUACAAAAGUCAGAAAGAAUCAGAGAAAGAUCUUCGAUAUAUUGGCAAAAUUUUGGAUGGAUUUUCCUUGGCUUCUAAAUCUUUAUCAUCUAAGAAAAUUUAUCCACCCCCUGAAUUGCCAAAAGACUACCGACCGGUGCAUUAUUUCAGACCCGUGGUAACUGCAGCCUCGGAGAACUCCCACUUACUUCAGGUGUUAUCAGAGUCAUCUGGAAAGGCAACACAAGACCCAGGGACACAUAGUAGGCACCAGCUGAAUGCCUGCAAGCGAGCAGAGUUGCUAGGAGAGACGCCUGUUCAAGGUUCAGCUACUUCAGUGUUAGAGUUCCUGUCCCAAAAAGAUAGAGAGAGAAUCAAAGAAUUGAAGCAGGCAACUGACCUGAAAGCAGCUCAACUCAAGGCCAGGAGUCUGGCCCAGAAUGCCUCAAGCAGCAGACUUCAACCCUCGUCACCAGACCUCGGACACUGCUCUUGGCGCAUGGCCUUGGGUGCUGGGACAGCCACCACAGGAGCCAGCAACUUCAAACCUUUUGCUAAAGAUCCAGAAAAACAAAAACGAUAUGAAGAGUUCUUAGUACAUGUGAAAAAGGGUCAGAAAGAUGCUCUGGAACGUUGCCUGGAUCCUAGUAUGACCGAAUGGGAGCGAGGCCGUGAGCGGGAAGAGUUUGCUCGGGCAGCCCAGCUGUACGUGUCUUCCCAUUCAACCUUGUCCUCCAGGUUCACUCAUGCCAAGGAGGAAGAUGAUUCAGAUCAAGUUGAAGUCCCUCGGGACCAAGAGAAUGAUGUCAAUGACAAGCAGUCAGCUGUGAAGAUGAAGAUGUUUGGAAAGCUUACCCGAGACACGUUUGAGUGGCACCCUGACAAGCUUCUGUGUAAGAGGUUUAACGUCCCUGACCCUUAUCCAGAUUCAACUUUAGUUGGCCUACCAAGAGUGAAACGUGACAAAUACUCAGUCUUCAACUUUUUGACAUUACCAGAGACAUCUUCCUCGCCCACAACCCAAGCAUCAAGUGACAAAGUACCACAGCACCGCGGUCCUGACAAGUCAAGGAAACCAUCCAGGUGGGAUACAUCUAAACAAGAAAAGAAAGAAGAUUCCAUUAGUGAAUUUUUAAGUUUGACUAGAUCAAAAGUUGGUCCACCUAAACAAGAGUCCAGUCCCAUAGUGAACAAAGAGGAGGAGCAUGUACCGGAACCACUCUCAAAUAAGAUGGUAAACAAAGAUGUGGAUUCACCGACUGAGGGAGAAGGUAGCCGCCCAUCCAUGGACUUAUUCAAGGCCAUCUUUGCCAGCUCCUCUGAUGAAAAGUCCUCAUCCUCUGAGGAUGAACAAGGCGACAGUGAGGAUGACCAGGAGGGUACUGAAGAGGCCACCUUCAGAAGUUCCCAAGAGACCGACUUGGGGGAAACCUCAUCUUUGGCACAUGCUAGUGAGCCGGUCCCUCCUGAACCCACACCCUUCCCUAUACAAAAGAUGGAGAUUGAUGAAAGAGAAGAGUUUGGCCCACGACUGCCUCCUGUCUUCUGUCCCAAUGCUCGUCAGAAACUUGAGAUACCUCAAAAGGGGAAACAUAAAAAGAAUAAAGAAAAACACAAGAACAAGAAAGAGCACAGACGAAAGAAAGAGAAGAAAAAGAAACACAAGAAGCACAAACACAAAAGUAAGCAAAAGAAUAAAAAAUCAGAGAAAAGUAGCAGUUCUGAGAGUACUGACAGCAGCGACAGUCAGAGUGAUGAAGAAGGGACCACUGACCUGUCACCCCAGGAACUGCUGAGACGACUGAAAUGUCUCCCACUAAGAAGGCAGUAAUUGAAUUCUGCCCUGGCCUGUCCCAGGAUCAGAUCUCCUCUAUGAUGGAAACUCAUUGACUGUUCAGUUAAUGUAUUGUACAGAUUGUAUUUAUAUGUAAAUUCCUGCUGUAAAAUAAUUUUUAAAACCUUGCCAUUUCAAAGUCUGCCUUGAAAGGUUGUAGAAAUUGAUUUCUAUUUUUAACUUUAGUUAGUGUCACAGGGAGAAAUUCAGACUGAACAGUUUAAUUAAAGUGGCAUUUUUCUA